AUGCAGGCGAUAAACGUGAACGUCGGCAGUUUGCUGCAAAAUGCCGGCGUGCUCAGAAGCCGGAAUGGUGAGUGAUUCCAUGUAAAAACGGGGAUGUCAGAAGCCGGACUGAAAGGAUUAAACUGUUUACUAUGGAUUCAUGAUGUAAACCGGAAGCACCUGGAAUUUAACAGCGCGUUUUUCCAGGACUCAGACGAAAUCGGAUGGACAUCGAGGCGACCGCCAUCUCUCUUUCCAGAGCCUAUUACUCAGUUUGGAGACAGCUCGGAAGCCCGUCUCCCGCCGCGAUCACCCAAAUGAGCCAACUUCUCAGAGGUCAGUGAUUCCGGUUUCAUGUCUGUUCACAUAUUUACGAUUUCCUUUCGCAGACAGCAUGCUCUCCAGAAGAUGCGUACGGAAGACGGGAAUAUCAGUAAAUUUCGACGAUGCCGUCAUCCGGAUAUUCCCUUCAACUUCGUCGUUCUGUAAGCCAGCCCAAUAUUUUGCACAUUCAAACGUUCAAACUGUUUCCAGACAUUCAGAAACGUGGAUUCCGAACGCGAAAACAAACUUUCGGAGUGGGAAACAGUGGCAAAGAGGAGGAAUCGAAGUCGCCGUUGACAGUGUUCUCCGAAAUGCUGGCGGGAAAAAAGACGAAGAGUCCAGAAGCAGGCGUUGAGAAAUGGAAUCAGUAUGAGGCGGACCUCAAGAAACUUCCCGAUUCCCAGCAGAGAACAUACACGGUCAGAAAUGAGAAGAUACCUAGAAACAGGGGAUAAAUUACAGGAUGGAUUCGUGAAAGGCCUUCUGUCGACCGGACCCGCAGGCAAAGACGCCAAGAAAUCGAACACUCUGACUCGCUUCUACAUUUUUCUCGUCUUUUGCAUCUUUUUCGGAUACCUAACCGGAAGUGAGUUAUUUCCUUCUCUCUUCCUCUUCGGGUUAACAUUUGUCUCUCCCUGCAUGCCGGAUUGGUGCCCCUAAUCAGAUUUUCUGCCGGUCUUUUUGAUAAUCCGAGACUCUCAUUUAUCCCCUCCCUAAAGGAAUUCGUGUGCGUGUAGGCGAUCGACAAAUCGGCAAUCUGUUCUUCUCGAAUCCGCAAGAAGUGAAUCCUGAAGACGUGCAAGUUUCUUUUGAAGACGUUAGAGGAGUGAGUGAUGAAUGAGCAGAUAGUGUUUGAAGUUGAAUUUUUGCAGAUGGAUGAAGCGAAACAGGAAGUGGAGGAGAUUGUUUCGUACUUGAAAGACCCGGAAAAGUACUCGAGGCUAGGAGGACGUCUUCCAAAAGGAGUCCUUCUUGUAGGACCUCCCGGAACUGGAAAGACCCUUCUGGCGAGGGCGAUUGCUGGAGAGGCCCAUGUUCCGUUUUUCCACACUUCCGGUUCGGAAUUUGACGAAGUCCUUGUUGGUCAAGGAGCCCGCAGAGUCAGAGAUCUCUUUGACAAGGCGAAGGCUCGGUACGAACAGAACACACUGCAAUUUGAGAGAAUUUGUGAAUUCCAGUGCUCCGUGCAUCAUUUUCAUCGACGAAAUCGAUUCGGUCGGCUCGAAACGAGUCUCAAAUUCCAUUCAUCCGUACGCUAAUCAGACCAUAAAUCAGCUGCUCAGGUACUUAUUCAGCCUGCAAAAUCGGAUUAUAUUUGUUUGUUUUGCUUUUCAGUGAGAUGGAUGGCUUCACUCGCAACGAGGGAAUAAUUGUGAUCGCAGCCACAAAUCGCGUCGACGACCUCGAUAAAGCCCUUCUCCGUCCUGGCCGAUUCGACGUCCGUGUCACUGUUCCGAAGCCCGAUCUUUCUGGCCGAGUCGACAUCUUCAACUUUUAUCUCUCGAAAAUAAUUCAUUCGUCUUGUGUAGACCCAAAGGUUCUUGCCAAAGGAUCUACGGGAUUCACGGGUGCCGACAUUGAGAACAUGGUGAACCAGGCUGCUCUGAAAGCGGCCUCUGACAACGCGGUGGAAGUGACGAUGUCGUAUUUGGAUGACGCGAGGGACCGAGUUCUCAUGGGCCCUGCACGAACGGGAGGCAGAAUUCCGGAUGAGGAAGCGAACAGAAACACGGCUUAUCACGAGGCAGGACACACGCUCGUUUCCCUGUUCACGAAAGACGCCACUCCAUUGCAUAAGGUUGGUUGUUCCUUGAAAUUCACAUUAGCGAAAUCUUCUUAUUAUCAGGUUACGAUAAUUCCACGUGGCCAAUCCCUCGGACAUACUGCAAUGCUUCCCGACAAGGACAGUUAUCAGUUGACUAAAUCGCAAAUGCUCGCUACUUUGGAUGUGAUGAUGGGCGGUCGUGUGGCAGAGGAACUCAUUUUUGGCGAUGAUAAAGUGACGACUGGAGCCGCCGACGAUCUGAGCAAAGCGACGCAGUUGGCAGUACAGAUGGUCAAAGUGUUCGGAAUGAGCGAAAAGGUGAAUCAGAGAAUGAAAAAAUUUGUGAAGCCCAAUUCUCUGCAGGUUGGAUUGCGUGAUUACACAGCCGACGAUAAGGACAGCUCUCUGGUCAAAGUGUCCGAUCUCUCCCCGCAGACCGCAGAACUCAUCGACACUGAGAUCAAUCGUGUUCUUCUGGACAGCUACAAACGAGCAAAAGCGAUUUUGGAAUCGAAAAAGGUUAACGGCGCUGUGAAUGCGAACUCAAACAUUCUUUGCAGAAAGAGCAUCAACUGCUGGCCGAGGCGCUGCUCGAGUACGAAACUCUGUCUGCGGAAGAAGUGAAACGAGUGAUUAGCGGCCAGAAAAUCAAGAGACCCACUCCGGCCGCGGUCAAAAAGAGCAACGAGGUGAAGAGGAAUCAGCCGUCGCUUGUGCUUCAUCUGUUCGAAGAGGAAGGCCGCGGAAAACAGUGA